AUGAGCAACGUUGAGUCAAACGGGACUUCCAACUCAGUAGGUAUUUGAUGGCUGUCAUUGAUUUAAUCUUCAGGAAAAGUUGAAAAUCGCUGCUAGAGGACUCGAAAACGCCAUCGAUGGAGGGAAAAUUGAUUAUGAAGCUUGCCGGGAAGUUGUGGAAGCCUUGAAGAACUGUUCAGGUAGUUGUAAAGUUACAAUUCAGCUUGUUAUGGUUUUAGAUGUGCCUGAGCCAAUUUUGAAAGGAUUGGCGUUUGUCGUCGCUUCCAACGUUGUUAACUGCAAGACCAUUGUAAAUGAUUCCGCAAGCCGUAUACUGUUUGCUUUAUUGAAGAAGGAUUUUGUUAAAGGAUUGGAAUUUUUCCUUAAAAGUUAUUCCAAGGUUCAGCCUUCAAUACCAGUAGACAAAACGUGAGUUGUAAAAAUGCAGAGCUGACUGUUUGCAUGUUAGAUGCGUUUAUGGCAAGAAGGAUUACAUUGUAGUUCGUUGGAUUAUCAGAGCUUUACUGGAAGCUCCAAAGAGUGUUCAAUUGGCUGACGAUAUUUUGUUUUUAGCGGUAGGGUCAGCAAAAUUUUGUACUUUCUUAGUUUGUUACCGUUUCAACUAUAACCUACCGGCUUCCGCAAACGUUGCAUAAGAAGGUUUUUGUUUCAGUCCGAAAGUGCUUGGAUAAAGUAAGUUGGCUUAAUUAUUAAAGACUUGUAUUUUAGUAUCCCGUUGGGCAUAUUCUAACCCUUUUGGAAUCAAAACUUUCCUCAGAAACCGAUAAUUGGAAGAUUUUUACUGCAUCCUGUCUUCUUGUUUCGGCUUCCACAGCAUCGGACAGAAUUCAAACGGAAGAAGUCAGGAAAGUUGCAAAGUUUUGGUUGAAGUCGUUUUCUGCCGUGUUCUUGCAAGCUAAGGUAUAUCCAGGAGACGACCUUUACCUGUUCGGUGAUGGAUAUGAAUCAUUUUCUAUUCUCAAUUACUCGGAGUACGGCCCUGAUCUGCAAGGGUCGCUGCGAAGGUUGUUCUUGAGAACCAGUGAAGUCGCGGUUCCUUUGUUGAAGAUAAUUUUGUCUAAUACUUUCCCUGUGAAUCAAGAGUUUUCAUCAUUUGUUGGUGAAUUGUUAACAGGUAAAUUGGAGCAAUAUUUACUUAUCCAAUUUAGAUGUUGCUUCUUCAAUCAACGAUAAAAUGCACGAUGACACUGCAUUUGUCAUGUCUAAGGUUUGGAUUCACAUGGAUCCAAAAAUACGAACCCAAGCCUUCGAGAAAUUCUUUGGUAUGGAAAUUUUUAUAGAGUUAUGGUUUUAGGAAAACAGAGUAAAGCCAAAGGAAGGCUGGAAUACAUGAUUGCCAUCAAAGAAGAACUGAAUUUAAAACUGGAGAAAAAUAAGAACGCGGAGGAAUUUGUGAAAUAUUUGGGCGAGUACUUGGAGAAAGAGAUCCCGACAUGCAGUACGUAAUUACUUUUCCGUAUUAUUCUUUUAGAGGCAGAUAACGUUGUUCAAGUAUACAUGCAAGUGUUGCAAGCAUGUGUGGGCUAUAGUGAUGAUUUGAGAGAGAAGGCAGUUACCAUUUCGACCAAACUUGUAAAAAGCCCGCUGCCAAAUGGACAGUCUGCUGCUCUCGGGGCUGCUGUACUUACCGAUGUGGGAGUAUCUGAUGAUGUUAUUUUUCCGAUUAUUACCGAUGCUGUUGGAAAAACUUUUACUUCUCCUGCCGUUUCUGCCGAUUUUGUGUUCAAUAUUUCGUUGCUAUUGUUUUCCAAGUUUGAAAAUGACAAAAAAUAUGAAGAUUUGUUUAUCAAGGUAUUGGAACAUGAUGUUUACGCAAAGGAAAGAUUUUUGCAUCAUCUCAGUGAAUUCAGUAAGUUGGCUGGAUUAUUGGAUAUUUGGUUUAGACUUGUGUAAGGGGAACAUGUUUGCUGAGCAAUUCUUUCGAUGCAUUACCAAAUUGACUUCUGUUAAGCUGCCAGAGCGAUCUCCCCUGCUAAGCUUUGUCUACAUUUUGUUACACUGGAAAGACCGUUCCUGUCGACGCACCGAUAAAACUCAGUUGUUGUCCGAAGUUCCAUUGAAGAAACUAUCAUGGGCAUUGGAGUUACUAACGGCGCGUCUAAAUGAUUUUUCUUUGCUUGAGGUACGUCUAUAUCCCCUGAACUUAAUCCACGGCUGCUGUAGACAACUACCAAAAUUUUUGAUGUUUAUUUCCCGAAUAACAAUUGGAAUAUGUCGGAUGUGUUUAUCAACAGUGCGUUCUACAACUUCUUCGCUUCUGUGGAAUCAUAUUUGAAACGAGAGACAAACGACGAAAUUAAAACCGAAUUGGUUUAUCAACUGGUUUUGUAUCUGAACAAUAACUCUCAUCGGAAUGAAAAGGUUGUAACAGCAUUGGCAGGUCAUGCGGCCAGGGAUGGAGAACUGAAAAAUGUGUUGUUUGGAUCAUUGGGUUCCAAGUUAGAUUUGCUUCUACAGUAUCCCGACUUGAAAUGUCGUCAGAGAGCAGUUGAAUGGCUGGUUGGAAUCGAGUCAGAAAACUCGCUCUUCAGGGACUUUGUUUGGACUUCUUGCAUUGAAUUCUGCAAGAAAUUAGACAUCAAGAAGCUGAAUGAGGUUACCGAAAUGGAAGCGGCAAUCUUCUUCACUGCCGAAGGCACUCUCCAUAAUACACGAGUCAUUGAUGAGUAAGUUUAUGUCGGGGUAAGUAAUCUUAUGACUUUAGAAAUUCUGACGCCGGGUUGGAUACAAGGCAGAACUUGAGGAAGGAAAACAAGGCUUAUAAGUUUAAGGAUCAGCUGGCUGAGAUUGAGUUAAGAAAAGAAUUAGCCGAAAGGAAUAAAAAAGAAGGGAAGUUGAAUGACCGACAGAAACAAGCAAUUCAGAAGGAGCUUCUUAAAGAAACGGUACGAAUUGUGUGAAACUAUUUUUUGUGUGAUGUAAAAAUUAUUUAUGGGUUGCAUUUUUAGACCUUGCGAAAGGAGUUGAUUCCGUUUUUCGAGGGAUUUAGGGAUCUGGCUGAUCUUCUUCAAUCUGCCGUCAGAGCCGACCCAAAUGGGGCUCUGAAGAAUUAUUACUUGUAUCACGAUGCUCUGGUGCCUGUUUUAAAAUCUUAUUUGGUGAAGGACUUGGCAUUUGAGUGCCUCACUACAUAUGCGAAUGUUUUCUUUGGUCACACUACAGACUUUUUGAGUAAGGGAAUUCUAAGUAAGACAGUGAUAAUAUAUUUUUAGAGGAAAGAGCACUGUCUGCCGUACUUAGAGCUACGAAUUCUGUAACAUCAAUCAAGGAAUGGGAAUGGGAGUCUUUACUAGAUCAGAUCUCGCAGAUGACCAGUUCGAUGAGCAUGCUGUGCAUGAUGAACAACUUCUUGGAGGAUGAGAAUGCAAUUGAUGCUUUGGAACAACUUCAGGAGGAAGAAAACAAUGAAGAGUUCUUCAAUGAAGGACUGACUUUAGGGAAAUUGGCCUUUGUUCUCCCCGUUUUUGAACGUGUCUACAAAGAUGAGAAAAUAGAUGAUCGGCUACGAAGAGAGGUGACAGGAUUCCUGAAGUCCGCUUUUUCUAUCGAUUUCUUGACGGUAAGAAAACAGGGAAAUUCAUACAAAAUAUUAUAUUUCCAGGCUGAUGAACGGUCUUGGGCCCCGUUAAAUAUCUUGAACAAGCUUUUGCUGGAUGUAUUGACGGAUGUGAAAACCCGCGAUUACUUCCCGGACGUCUUCAAUCUGUUAAAGGAUGCUUUGAAAGAACUGGACGAGAACAGUAAAGACUCUGCUGAGACGGCAAAGUUUGUGUCAGCUCUUAUUGGACAUCUGAGGAACACAAAUGAAUAUGUGCGUGAGCAUGUGGCACUCUUGCUGGUGGUUGGGCAGAACAUCUUGAUGCUCAAUUUCAUUAAGAAAGACGAUUUUCCACAGAUUGUUCCUUUGUUGAUUGCCUCAAAGGAAACGCACCCGGCCACUUCAGAGGUCAUGCAGUUUUUAUGUCAAGGGCUGGAAAUCAAAACCGAGCAGAAAGUAAGAUUUUUAAUGAGUUGUUUAAUUGAUGUUAUUACAGUACCACGAUUGUCUGAUGGAAGAAUUGAAGUAUCCUCAUGAUUUUUGGCAACAAGGAGCUGCGGAAUGUCUGAAAGGAUUGUUUUCCUCUGAUACCAUAAAGAAGUGCCAUACUUUAUAUGAUGAGCUGUUGAAGGUAUGACCAAAGUUUCUUCCAUUAUUGUUUAGAUUGUUCCCGCUGUGCACGAUAACGUCGGACGAGUGAUUUAUCCUGAAAGAGAUCCUUGGGAAAGUCGAAGAGGAUUGGCUUGUCUACUCAAGCAUGUUGCUGAUGAUGAAUGUUAUGACACAAAGCUGUUUGACGAGUUUUUUACUUUUCUGGUGCCUAAGGGUAUAUCCGACCCGAAUGAAAUCGUUCGAAAAAUGAUGUAUGAAUCUGCGGCCGCUAUAAUUUCGCAUGUAAGUUUCGUCAGCUUAAUGUAAGGGAAAUUUGUUUAGAAUGGGGCCAACAAGGUAGAUUUUGUUUUGCCAUUACUGGAGAGGUUGCUGACGGGUGUGCCGGAUACACAGGAAGGAGACAUUUUGAGGAACGGAUUGAUCUGUUUGAUGGGAACUCUGGCCAGAUAUUUGGAACCAUGUUCACCGAAGAUGAAAGCCAUCUUUAGAAAAUUAAUUGAAGCAUUGGCCACUCCGUCCAGACAGGUUCAAGAGUCGGUUGCUCUGUGUUUACCACCAUUAGCAAAGCCGAUGGGGGAUGAAGCUGUCGAGGAGUUAUCGAAGAUGAUGAGACACUUGCCGCAAACCAAAAACUUUGCCGAACGUUGCGGAUUCGCUUAUGGGAUUGCUGGGCUAACCCGUGGUCGGGGUUUGGUUACCCUGAGAGACAUAAAGUUCAUCGAGUAUAUCUCAGAAAUGUUCGAAGCAAAGGAGUCCAAUAUCCGAGAGUCAGCCUGCAUUUUAUUUAUGACGAUGAGUUUGUAAGUUUUUUAAAUAGAUUUAAAAAUAUUUGUAGUGUUCACGGGAAGGCGUUUGAUCCAUACAUCUCAAAGAUCCUGAAGUAUUUGAUCAGUGCUUUCGGCGACUCCUCCGAGUCCGUUCGGUUGGCCGCAAAAGAAGCUGGUGGCAUGAUGAUGUCAACUGUCACCCCCGCUGGCGUCAAGAUUUUCUUGCCGCAGAUUCUUGCUGGUUUAGAAGAAGAAGCAUGGAGAACAAAGUGUGCUAGUGCUGACUUCUUGGGAAGUAUUUCAAACUGUGCCCCUCGUCAGUUGUCAGAAUCUCUGCCGAAGGUCGUCCCGAGGUUGGCCACUUUGAUGACUGACUCACACGCCAAAGUCCGUGCUUCUGGUGUCUUUGCUUUGAAGCAGAUUGCUACGGUUAUUACGAAUCCCGAGAUUUUGGCUAUAAGUUCGCAUAUGAUUGCCGCUUUUGUGGAACCCGCCAAGGAAACUACUCGGGCACUUCAGACAAUUGUCAACACCAAAUUCGUUCAUUUCAUUGAUCCACCAUCACUGGCAUUAAUGAUGCCUAUAUUGAAACGUGCUUUGUUAGACAGGGAACCUGAAGGACGGAAGAUGGCUGCCAACGUUGUUACCAAUGUUUUUUCAAUUGCCGAUGAAAAGGUAGGCGAACUUCCUAACGAAGGAUUUUGAUUUGGUGACUUUUUUUUAGGAUAUAGCACCAUACAUGGAAAUGCUGAUACCAAAUCUGAAACAUUCGCUGCUUGACCCGUCUCCGGAAGUCAGAAGUGCUGCCGCACAGGCCAUUGGGGCAGUGGUUAGGCACAACACCACUGGCCUUUUCACCAGUUACACUACUGAUCUUUUGCCAUGGUUGAAGGAGCACAUGAUGUCUCGUUCUUCUAUGGUCGAUCGUUUGGGUGCUGCUCAAGGUCUUGCUGAAGUUAUUCCUGCAUUUAAGAACGGUGUCGAAACUAUCAUGGACCAUGCUAUUACUUUCACCGAAGACGUGAACAAUGAGGCCUCGAUGAGAGAUGGUUACAUUCGCCUGUUCACUUAUCUCCCUUCAACGAUGGGCGAGAAGUUUGUGCCAUAUAUUGAGAGAGUUAUUCCGUCUAUUCUGUCGGCGUUGUCCGACGAAACCGAAUAUCUUCGACAGUCUGCUCUUCAUGCAGGACAGAUUCUAAUCAAAACAUAUUGUUCCCAGGCCAAGCAAUUGUUAUUACCUUCUCUUUUGGAGGGUGUCUUGAACGAGAAUUGGAGAAUCAGACACGCAGCGGUCACUCUCAUUGGUGACUUCUUGUUUAAUAUCUCUGGAAUCAGCAGCAAGAUGACGUCUGAUACAGCUACUGAGGAUGAUACGUUUGGAAUGGAAUCGGUUAACAAAACAAUUGUAAAAUACGUCGGACAGAAGUCGAGGGAUAAGAUUAUCGUCUCUCUUUAUAUUGCUCGUUUUGAUUGUGCUGUCCAAGUACGACAGGCGGCUUCUCAUGUAUGGAAACUGGUGGUUCCAAACACUCCAAGAACUGUCAAAGAAAGCUUGUCUUCGCUCUACGAUCUCAUUGUCUACUGUUUGGGAACCUCAACUGAGGAUAGACGAAUUGUAAGUCUUUCGUUUUUUUUACAUCUGAUUUUAGAUGGGUCUGGAAUGUCUCUCUGAAGUUGUUCGUAAGAUGGGCGAUCGUAUCAUGGAGAUUCUCAUGGGCGAAGUUCGAAAGAGCUUUGAAUCCACCGACGAAGUCAACAGAAAAGGAGCAGCCGAAGCGCUCACGAUCAUUCUAAAUUGCGCUAACUCUGAAGCCAUUGAAGAGCACAGUAAGACCUUUAUUAAUAUCUUCAGGAUCUGCUUGCUGGAUGCUGAUGGCGAUGUGAGACAGUCUGGCGCGGAUGCAUUUGCGGCCUAUUACAAUGUAGGUGGUCUCGACGAGUACAGUUUAUUUGAAAAAUUUUUAGAAGGCUGGAAUAACGGCUAUGGAAGAAAUCGUGGAACCUCUGUUUAAGGAGUAUGCUGCCAACCAAUCUGAAGGAGUAUUAGAUGGAAUCGUAGCCAUUUUAUCCGCUAAUAGGAAGGGUCGUGUUUUGACUGUUCCAUCCUUAAUCAACAGGCUUCUGAACUUCCCUCGAAGGGCUCAUGUGUUGGCUAGACUAACUGAAGUGGCCGCAGAUACUAUUGAAAGAAGUUUGAUUGAGGUUUUAACUAAAUUGCUGAAGGAACCUGACGAUGAGAAUCCUACUGUUUUCUUCAAUGAUUGUGCUAAACUGGUCAAGUGUGCCCGAAGUGUCUUCUCAAUCACAGCCAUUUCCAAGUUCCUCACGCAACACGCAUCUGAAGGAAACGAAUUGGCCGCAAAACUUUUGGGAGAAUUGAUCAAGAACACGGAUGUCGAUUAUUUGGACGAGGUGCUGACUGUCUUUGUGGAAGGUAUUAUGACUCUCUACGUCUCACCUAACAAGGCCAUCAACGUGGUUGGAGCAGCUACACUAACUAGUCUUGUUAAUACUUUGGAACCGCGAGAUGUCCUGGAGAUUCCAAAUGACUUGACUAUUUUCUUAAAUGCCGCUCAAAAGGAAGGAAAACCCUUAGAAUUUCAUGGAUUGUCACAACCAGGAGGAUGGAAGCCUUUCAUUGACAUUAUUGGAAUUGCAUCACGGGCAGGUUCUCUCGAACAGAGAGACAAAGCAGUCCGCGUUGUAGCUGAUUUUAUGGAGGUUGCUUCCGCCGAAGCAUUGAGACCAGUGGCGCCAUUGGCUGUGGGAACUCUUCUCAGACUGCUUGCUGAUCAUUGUCCUCCAGUGUUGAAACUGAAUUCGAUUAGGAUGGUCGAAAUUUUGGUGGAGAAAGUAAGUUGCUUGCACUUUCUUUUAACAAGGAAAGUACUUCUAAAAUUUUCAGAAUAUGUAAAAAUUAGCUGCUCAAUUUUGGUUUGUUACAUGUGCGUGGUGUUGCGAUAAAAGUCCUGAGGGUUUUUUCGCCCUUACAAACCUAAAUUGGGAAGCUAAUUUCUACAUUUUCUAAAUCAGAAAAAUUUUGCGACUUUUUGGAUAUAUGUCUCGACCUGCAGCUCCAUACCCCAUAGAAGAAAUUUCCUUGUAAAUAUAUUUUGUAGGUUUCUCAAUUAAUGCGCAACUUCGGACCUCAGCUUCUUGGAUUUUUGCUGCGAAUCAUUCAGGAGACGGUAGAAGAAUCAUCAAAUGAGAUCGAACAUCUUCGAAGUGUUACUGCAGGUGCAAUUGCCAAAAUAUUGAAGAAUCAUCCAAGACAAGAAGUGGCGCUGAUUGACACCUUCACGACUAUGACCAAUGUUGAUUCGAACAUCCAGUAGGUUAUGAAUAAGAGUUCAGUUUAUUUUCCUUUAGGCCAUGUAUUCUUGAAGCCAUAACUCAAGCUGUUUCAUCAACUGGACCUUCUGUGAGUGAUGCUGUGGUGCGCCUGAUUGAUGAAUAUGUCGCUGAAUACCUAAGAAAAGGGGAUGACAACGAGAACAUCGACCCCGUUUUUAUUAAGAACCUAGCCGGUUUAUACGCAGCUGUGAAAAAGGUCAAGUCCGAAGAAUCCGAUAUCCUGAAUGGAACGGGAGGGUCUGAUGUGGAAGGCCAAUUCUGGAGCGAUGCGAGAAAAUAUUUAAAGGGUUAA